AUGUGCACACUUAGCCAGGAUAUAUCAUCACCGGGACCGGGUCAACUGCCAGAAAGAGGCCAUAAACCGAGACUGAUAAUUUUAAUAAGACACGGAGAAAGUGAAUCAAACAAAGAUAAAAAAAUCAAUGAGGUUGUACCUAAUCAUUUAAUCCCACUUACUGAUAACGGUUGGGAACAGGCACGAAAUGCCGGUGUGGAAUUACUAAAAGUUUUAAAUACAGAUAAUGAUGAUCUGGUUGAGGAGUUAGAAAAGAAGUACGGUGGUAAAUCUGCCGAACAAUGUAAACUACUGCCGUUAAAGCAUUACAAACCAUUAAAGAAGACGCUAGAUAAAAAUAUUGUGUUUUAUACGUCUCCAUAUCGAAGAACUAGAGAAACACUCAAGGGGAUUUUAGACGUUUUUGAUGAAUACAACCACUUAAAUAGCGGAGUUCGAGUCUGCGACGACCAUGCAUACAAGCCAUGCGGUAAGCAAAAGUUAGCUUUUUGGCCUUGUGUUCCAAGUGGUCAGUAUGAAAAUAACAGCAAGACACAUGACUUUGAAACGAAAGAAACGAAAGAAUACUUACAAUAUAGGGUAAGGGAUGAACCUCGAAUUAGGGAACAAGAUUUUGGUAAUUUUCAAGAAGUUAGUAGUAUGCAAGAUGUCAUGUCAAAAAGGGCUACGUAUGGCCAUUUUUUCUUUAGAUUUCCAGAGGGAGAAAGUGCAGCUGAUGUAUACGAUAGAGUGGCUAGUUUUCAAGAAACUCUAUUCAGACAUUUUGAAGAGAGAUAUACUCGAAAAGCAAGAGAUGUCAUUGUUCUCGUUACCCAUGGUAUUUACUCUAGGGUUUUCCUGAUGAAGUGGUUUCGCUGGACAUACGAGGAAUUUGAAUCUUUUACCAAUGUUCCAAAUGGUAGUAUGAUGGUCAUGGAGUUAGAUGAAUCGGUAGACGGAUAUGUUUUAAGAACCGUCUUACCUAAAUGGUGUUAG